CCGCCCCCGCCCCCGACCCGCCCCGAACCCUCACCCGCCGCACCCCCUCCUCCCGGCCGGCGCGGCGCCGCGGCUAGGCCGAGGCGGAGGGCGGCGAGAUGUGGGUCUUCUACCUGAUAUCGCUGCCCCUGACGCUGGGCAUGGUCGUCGUCACGCUGCGCUACUUCGCCGGCCCCGGCGUGCCGCGCUACGUCCAGGCCACCGUCGGCUACGCCUGGUUCUGCUCCCUCUCCGUCAUCAUCAUCGUCCCCGCCGACAUCUGGACGACAUUAACUGGCUUUGAUAAAGGUGGAAUUGGCUUCUUUUGGGGCUGGUCUUAUUGGAGCACAUUUAUCCUAACAUGGGCUGUAGUUCCUACUAUUCAAGGCUAUGAAGAUGCUGGAGAUUUCACUGUUAGAGAAAGGCUAAAAACUAGUAUUCACAUGAACCUGCUCUUUUAUUCAAUUGUGGGAGCUAUUGGCCUCUUUGGACUCAUACUGCUUUUAGUCAUGCAUAGAGCUUGGGAUGGAGGUCUUGUGGGCUUUUUAAUGGCUUGCUCAAAUACCUUUGGACUGGUGACUGGUGCUUUUCUUCUUGGUUUUGGAUUGAGUGAAAUUCCAAGAAACAUUUGGAAAAACGCAGACUGGACUCACCGCCAAAAAGUACUUUCUCAUAGAGUUGCCAAGAUGGCCGUGAAGCUUGAUAAUGCUCAUCAAGAGUAUUCAAAUUCAAUUGUUGUUGCUCAAGCCACUUCAAAUCAAAUGUCAAAGCGUGAUCUCUUAAGACCUUAUAUGGAUAUUAUUGACCGAAUGGUUGCUCAAAUGCUACGGGAUGACCCAUCUUUUAAGCCUUCUGGUGGCAGAUUAGGCGAAAAUGAUAUGGACUAUGAUACAGAUGAUAAAACAAUGGCCACUCUCCGACGUCAGCUUAGGAUGGCCCAUGAGGAGUAUUAUCGGUGUAAAAGUGAAUAUAUGACUUAUGUCAUGGAAGCUCUCGAUCUAGAGGACACUAUUAAAAAUUAUGAACAUCGUGAUGCAAAUGGAUGGAAAUAUGUAUCGAGUUUUAGGGAGAGUCGGUCAGGCACACUGGGAUCCCUUUUGGACACUAUGGAGUUCAUUUGGCGUUGUAUACUGAGAAAGCAGCUUCAAAAAGCACUGGCUGUUAUUCUCGGCUGCAUGUCAGCUGCUAUACUGUUGGCUGAAGCUACUUUGCUGCCAGGUGGUGUUGAUUUAUCACUUUUUUCCAUUCUUGUAAAAUCCGUCGGAAAGCAGGAGGUUCUAGUCCAGGUUGCUGCAUUUGUCCCUUUGAUGUAUAUGUGUAUAUGCACAUACUAUUCGCUAUUUCAGAUUGGGAUGUUAAUGUUUUAUUCUCUGACUCCACGGCAAACAAGUUCUGUCAGUUUGCUUAUGAUCUGUUCGAUGGUUGCAAGAUAUGCACCUCCCAUUUCUUAUAAUUUCCUGAAUCUCAUUCGCCUUGGUGGUAAUGUUAAAACUACUUUUGAGAAGAGAAUGGGGAACAUAGAUGAUGCAGUUCCUUUCUUUGGAAGACGCUUCAACAGGAUCUACCCACUAAUUAUGGUUGUUUAUACACUACUUGUUGCUAGUAACUUCUUUGGACGUGUGAUUGACUAUUUUGGAAGCUGGAAAAUGUUUAAGUUCCAGCGUGAAGAAGAACAUAUGGAUGGUUUUGAUCCGUCUGGAAUUAUUAUUCUGCAAAAAGAGAGAUCUUGGAUUGAGCAAGGAUAUAAAGUUGGCGAGCAGGUUAUUCCAUUGGCAAGAUUCAAUGGCGCGAUUACAGAUGUUGAAUCUGGAAAGAUUGAAGAUACAGUGGAGAUGAAAGCCGGGACAACUUCUUCGAGAGUUGAUGGAAGAGCCGGUCAAUCAAAAUAUAUUCACAACAGGGAAAUGAUUUCCACCAAGUAUUCAUCUGUUAGAGAUCAGAGUCGGCAGGCAACAAAGCCAGUGAAAAAGGAAACAGUGUCAGCAUCUGUAUCUCUGCUUGGAGAAGGGAAUCCUGAAAAUCGCUCGGCUGCUGGAAUCUCCCAAACAUGGGCUUCAAUGAAGAAUGGUUUUCAGAACUUCAAAGCGAAUAUGGGUGCCAAGAAGUUCACUCCUUUGCGCCAGGAUCCAGGAUUUGCUCCUCAUUCGAACGCCUCCUCGCCCGAAUCUCUCGAUGACAUCUUCCAAAGGAUAAAACAGCGCCCUGCAGAAUCACCCGUAGAUUACCUUGACGAUGACGACGACGAUGACAAUACCGGAGACAUGGAUCCUCCGUUUGCAGGAUCGAGAAGAUAGGCCGUGUUUUCCCCCUUAGAAGUUAGAACAUUGAACUCUGGGAAUCAAAAGGAUUUGGUAGCAUUAGAUGCAGAAUAGAAGAUACAGGAUGUAUAGAUCAGAUGAUGGUUUUGGUGUGCUUCGAGGAAGCUCAGAGACGCCCUUGCCCAUCUGGAAAGGUGCAGACGUGAAUGAAAGCACGUGACAUGAUGACACAGGCCCUGCAGAAAGGACAGCGGAUUCUCCCCAACAAGAGAUCAUGGGAGCGUGACCGUAUCACACUUUUCUGCUUUACACACAUUGCGGGAGUAGGCACUGCUGACGUGUUAUUUUACUUGUUAUUAAAUGUUGAAAUCUGUAUUGAACAUAAACGAAUUCAUACUCGAAGCUGACGAGUGUAGGCUGUAAAGUUGGUAUGCAUUAUGUGAUGUGCGUUGAAAACAUGCGGCCGAUACUAAAUGGAAAAAAAAUUGAAGGUCA